UUAAAAUGAGCGCUGAUUAUUAUUGCAUUCGCUCAUAAAACACCCGCGCAGUCCCACCCGCCCUAAUAUUUGAGGCGCAGAUACAUCCGCGAGAGAAUUAUCCUAAUCAGUGUGCCCUCUGUCCGGUCCAGUCAGGGUUUUUAUCUCCUCUACAUGCGGUGGGUCUCGGUCCGUCUCGCCUACGCUCUCCUUCAGCUGAACCGGCGGAUACUCGCAAGAGCUGCGAUCUGUCCCUGAACCCCCGCGGCUGGUGUCGAGAGGGGACCCUACGUGCGCAAGCCGAAGGCGACUGUGACAAGGAACACAAAACUCUACAAAAUGUUGGUUAAUGGAGAAAAAUAACCUUGGGAGAAACCAGGCUCACUGUGGGGGCCAGUUCCCCUCUGGCUAACAACAUUAAUGCCAAUAUUAGUUAUUUGUGUGCAGUGCAAGUCAUGGUUUAAAGGUUUUCAGACAGUUCAGUCUCUUUUCACAUUCACAAGAAAAAUGUCAAGCAGAAGGAAGUCCACAACCCCCUGCAUGGUGCUUCCGUCAGAUGUCGUAGAGCAGGAUCCAGAUAUGGAGGCCCUGGAAGGGAAUGUAGGAGCCGAGAGUAUGGCAGACGGUCCUACAGAGGGAGCAGUGGUUCCCAUGGAAACAGAGACAGAAUUUGAAGGUUGCCAUUUCUCAAGCGAGGAUGGUCGUUCUUCAGGAAAACGCUCAGGUCCAUUAUCACUAGAGCAUCCCAUCUCUGAUCUGACUGCUGAGGGGGGGUUUGUACAGACAGAGAUGGAAGACAGUGAUGACCCCUCCAUUUCUGGCAUUUCUCUCAGCAAGACUCCCAUAAUGAAAAUGAAAAACAAGCCUGAACCCAAGAGAAUAGCUGUGUCUCUUAAAGGCACAAGUGAAAAUGAGACCUUGGCUGAAAGUGAGAUGGAACUGGAGCCGUUGGAAGCUUCAGUCAUGGGCACGUCCAUGACAGGAGAGCUGCUGAGCCCGUUGCUCACAGAUUCCAUAAAGCCCAGUGUUCUUGUCAACAUUUCAAAUCCUGUGGUUGCAGAUCAGAAGAAGCUGGUGCUGAAUCCUGCUACAGUUUUUCCAGCUGGUCUGGCCCAGGUUCUUUCAGCUUUGCAGGCCCAGCAGAGUGCUCAAGCGCAACUUCUAAUACCUGUGAGCAGUAUUCCCACCUACAAUGCUGCCAUGGACACCAAUGCAGUUUUGGUCAACACUUACAAGAAGUUCCCAUACCCGUCAGUGUCUGAGAUCAUGGGACUUGCGGCCCAGACCAAGUUCAGUGAAGAGCAGAUCAAGAUCUGGUUUUCUGCUCAGCGGUUGAAGCAUGGUGUUAGCUGGACCCCAGAGGAAGUUGAGGAAGCGAGAAGGAAGCAGUUUAAUGGCACAGUCCACACAGUGCCCCAGACCAUCACGGUUAUCCCAGCCCAUCAUCUCUCAGCCACCAAUGGCCUGCAGUCCAUUCUUCAAACCUGCCAGAUUGUGGGGCAGCAAGGUUUGGUUCUGACCCAGGUUGGCACGACAAACAGCCUCCCAGUUACCACCCCAAUAACACUGACUGUAGCAGGAAUGCCUAAUCAGAGCAAGACACCCAAGAUUGCAACCAAUCAGACAAGCCCAGCGCUCAGUGAAACUAAGAGAGCGACUACAGUUCAGCCCCCAUCUUUGACCCUCCAAGAAAACUCUGCUCUCAGUGCUGACCACUUUGGCCUGCGGCCUAAGAAAUCCAAGGAACAGCUGGCCGAAUUGAAAGCAAGCUAUCUGAAGAAUCAGUUUGCAAGUGAUGCUGAGAUAGCUAGACUAAUGAAGUUAACUAACCUCACUAAAGGAGAGAUCAAAAAGUGGUUUAGUGACACCAGAUACAACCAGCGCAAUUCUAAGAACAGUCACGUCUUCAUCUCUAAUGACAAUCCCAGGAGCAAUAGCAGUGCCACCAUAAUAAUCGAUUCCAGUGAUGAAAUGCCUCAGUCUCCAAUGCCAUCUCCCAUUAAAGAGAAGGAGACGCGCUCCAAGACCUGGAACCCAUUCCCAGACUUCACGCUGCAGAAGUUUAAAGAAAAGACCCCAGAGCAGUUGGUCGUCUUGGAGGAAAGCUUUCAGAAAUGUGACACACCAACUGAUGAAGAGCUCAGUCGACUGAGGGCAGUGACCAAGCUCACCAGACGAGAGAUUGAUGCAUGGUUCACUGAAAAGAGAAAAACCCCGGCAGCAGAGUCUUCUGAGUCAAAAGCAGAUGGCGAAACAACCCAGAAGAAGGGUAGCCAAACUCCUCUUGGAGGUAAAAGGCUGAGCAAAGAAAAGCUGGGUAAGAAAACUCCAGAGCAGCUCCACGUUCUGAAGACUGCGUUUGUUCGCACCCAGUGGCCCUCCACGGAAGAAUACGACCAGCUGGCUGAGGAGAGUGGACUGCCUCGCUCCUACAUCGUCAACUGGUUUGGCGACACGCGCUACGCAUGGAAGAACGGCAACCUGAAGUGGUAUUUUUACUAUCAAAGUGGAAACGUGGGAGGAGUGAAUAGCAACAGAAACCGAAAACGAAGGAUUCGCAACCGUGGUUGGGGGAGAACCCGUAGCAGAAAACCGAAGAAGCCUGCAGAAUCCGAGAAGUCAUUACCGAUCAAGUUCAAGUCCGGGAGAGAUAUUCUGAAGGAAUACUACUUGAAGCACAAAUUUCUGAACGAACAGGACUUAGAUGAACUGGUUGCCAAGUCUAACAUGAGCUACGAGCAGGUGAGAGAGUGGUUUGCAGAGAUUCAUCGGAAGGAGGAAAUGGGAACCAACCCUUUUGAUGAUAAAACUGGAAAUGAAGAACAAGACGAGGAAGAGGAUGAAUCACAGUGUGAAAAUGAGACCACUAUUGAGGAGCAAAGACCUUCUGCAGUGGGAGAAGAUGAUGAUGAUGAUGAUGAUGACGAUGACGAUGAUGAAGACACAGAUGACAGUGAUACCUGGGAGCCUCCGCAGGGUGUUCGGAAAACGAUGGCCGCGUCUGAGGAUUUGUCUCUUUGAAAUGGGUUCGUUUUGGGCAUUGGUGAGGAAUGGCCAAAAGUCUUUCCCUGCACCCAUUCUACUGACAUUUUUCAUAGCUUCACUUAAAGUUGGACAAGUUCUUUUCAUCAUAAACUGUCUUUUUGUCAACAUGUUUGACUUCUCAUAAACUUAAAAAAUCCAUGUGAAACAUGAACAGCAUUUCUCUCUGCGGCUCUAAAGUGUAUUGAUAACUCAAGAGCCCUUGAAUCAUCUUGACAUUGUUAUGCGUACAAUUUGAACUGAUUUUGAUAUCUACCAGAAUUUAUCUGCACCUUAAACUUUGCACAUGCAAAGACAUCCUAUUCAAAGCCUCUUUUAAGAGUGGAAACUUCCUGAUUUCUUUUAAGAGGGAUUUUCCUUUCAUUGGGGAACUUUUAGUGCCAAAGGUAUUGUAUUGAAUAUGAUGGUUCCCUGCACUAUAGUCCAAUUAAUAUGCAUGAAUAAGUGGUGUCAUUUAUACAGAAACAGUCAAGAAGCGUUUUUUUGACCCUUAAAAAAAUUCAAGGCAAAAGAAACUUUAAUUUCCUAGACACAUUUUAAUUGGCCAUGUUAAGAUAACUUAAUUCUCUAAUUAUAAAGUUUUAUGUUUUCCAAUUUUUUUGCUUCUUUUGAGUAAUGUAUUUUAACUGCAUCCAAGAACCACUGAUAAACAAUUACUCUGUGUAAUUGGACUUUGAAUGCAAAGCACUAUAACAGGUACAAAAAUAUCGGACCUAUCUGUAAGACAUUCAGUGUCUUCAUUAUAUUUUCAUGUGUCAGACAAUGAGAAUAAUGAUGAAAAAGGUGUUUUUGAAUUUGUACAUAUAUACUUUUUCGCUCUACAAGUAGUUCUACAAAAGUGUUUUAUAAGUUUGUAUUUAUGGUGAUGAAUUUCACUUUUACACAAGUGGGUUGCUUGUAAUGCAAUCAUUCAGAUAAUUCUUGUGCAUUUUGAGACUGAUAUUUACAGAUCUAAACUCUAUGUUGUCUAUUAUUUCUUACUAUCUGGUGAACAUUUAUUUGACUUGCUUGCAACCCUCUGAAUUUAUUCCUUGUGAAUACUGUAGUGUAUUAUAGACACAAGGUCAAAUUUACCUCCGUGAACAUGAUUAGUAUUGUUUGAACAAAAUAGCACACUCAAACAUCGUUACGUUGCUCCUUUUGUAUUUUCUAUAGAGUUUCAGAACCUGCUACUGGGAUCUUGGCUUAAUUCUGCACUAAAACGCAUUCAAAAGCCACAUUUUUUAAACUAGUCUGGCUGUUUCUAGGCUCAGAUUUGUUUUAGUUUUUUUACAUGUACAAAUAAUAAUAAUACAGAUCUGGAACCAUUAUGGAUUGUGAUUUGAACUCAUGACAAGCCUUAAAAUCUGUAGACAUUCUGCUGUGGUGGCAAAAGCUUUAUUUCACAGAGCCAUAGACUUUGUACAAUGCGUUUAAUUUAAUUGAACUGUUUUAAUAGGCUUUUGCUUGUUAGACUAAAUAUAUACUGUAUUUUCUACUUGUUUGAGGACAACACAAUAAAUUUGG